AUGGCAUCUUCAGCAUUAAAACGUAUUAUUCCAUUAUUUGAUCGUGUACUUGUUGAACGAUUUGCAGCUGAAACUAAAAGUAAAGGUGGAAUACAUAUACCAGAAAAAGCUUUAGGUAAAGUACUUAAUGCAACUGUGAUCGCUGCUGGAAAAGGUCUUAAACAAAAGGAUGGUACUCAUGUGCCAAUGAGUGUUCAAAAUGGUGACAAGGUUCUAUUACCAGAAUAUGGUGGUACUAAAGUAGAAAUAAAUGAUAAAGAAUAUUUCAUCUUCAAAGAAGCCGAUAUUCUUGCGAAAUGGGAAUAA